AUGAAACUCGCUACAAUCGGCUCUGUCGCCGCUGCCAUUUCUUGUGCAUCUGCCAUCGGUGAAUUAGGAUUCAACAUCGGUGUCAAGAACAACGAUGGUACCUGCAAAAGCACUCAGGACUACGAAAAUGACUUCAACACUUUGAAGGGCUACACUGACACUAUCAAAGUGUACGCUGCCUCGGACUGCAACACAUUGCAGAACUUAGGUCCAGCUGCGGAAAAAGCUGGGUUUGGCAUCUUCGUGGGUGUAUGGCCCAACGAUGACGCCCACUACGCGGCUGAAAAGGAAGCUUUGCAGAAUUACCUACCUUGGAUCAAGACAUCGACCGUACGUGGUAUUUUGGUCGGAUCUGAGGCCUUGUACCGUGGCGAUCUAACCGCUUCGGAGCUUUCUGACAAGAUCAACGAUAUCCGUAGUUUUGUUGCUAACAUCAAGGACUCGCAAGGCCAAUCGUACUCCGGAAACCCUGUUGGUACCGUUGACUCUUGGAACGUGCUUGUCGACGGUGCUAACGCGGAGGUUAUCAAGUCUUCUGACAUAAUGAUGGCUAACGCUUUCUCCUACUGGCAAGGCCAGACAAUGCAGAAUGCUUCUUACUCGUUCUUCGAUGACAUCAUGCAAGCCAUGCAAACCAUUCAGACCACCAAGGGCACAGAUAUUCCAUUCUGGGUCGGUGAAACUGGCUGGCCAUCUGAUGGUACCAACUUCGAACAGGCCUACCCUGGUGUUGACAACGCUCAACAAUUCUGGAAGGAAGGUAUUUGUGCCAUGAGAGGCUGGGGCGUUAACGUUUUGGUUUUCGAGGCUUUUGACGAAGACUGGAAGCCUAACACUUCUGGAACUUCGGAUGUUGAAAAGCACUGGGGUGUGUGGUCAUCUGGCGAUACUUUGAAGUAUUCCUUGGAUUGCGAGUUUUGA